GUUGCGAACGAGCGUGUAAAAACUAUAUAAAUAUGUCAGAAGAAAACAGCUCUGCAGUACAGAGUUUCGACGGAUUUAUUCAGGUAUGUUCAAAGAAAAAAAAUCGGAGAGGACAAAAAAAUCUGCAAGCUCGUUCGGCAGAUUUUAGUUCAGCAUAUGCAACUAGAGAAUUAUCUGCUGACUCAGGCUAUGUGAACAUAAAACCAUUUCUCAGACGAUACGCAGAAACAGAGUGCGAUUUGAGAUUGUCGACGUUCUUCACUGACGCAACGGAAAAGAUCUUCCCUUUUCUAGAACAAGCACAGAUUGAAGCAAUUGUUUGUCUCGGUCUUGGAAGACUAUCAGAGUGUGCAAUAUCUCGUCAUCAACUGGCGUUCAUUCGUUGUCUACAGGAAAAGAUCAACUUUAAAGGGGAGAUCCAAUUUUAUGACCCGAUUUUUAAUCGUGAUGAAGUGAAGAUUCUGCAGGACUUGGAAGGAAUUGUUUUGACUGAAAACCUCGAAGGAAAAUAUCUAGCGGAUCGGAAAACCUUGUUCUAUUUGCCACAUUGUCCAAAACAAAUUAGUAAUAAUCUACUUUGGAAAAAUUGGCAAUUAGAUUUACUUAGCAACAUUAUUUUGAUCAGCAACAGCUUUGAAAGUAUUCUGACCAAUAGUCCACGACGGUUUUUGGACGCAAACGCAAAGUUUAUUUUAGAAAUUGCCAAAUACUGCGUAGAGAUUAGAUUUCCGGUCAACUACAAGUACACCGAUAUUUUUAACGAUAUUUCGUUGCAUUGUUUCGACAUUGCAGCAUUAAAAGGCGUGCAUUCAGAUUUUUGGAAAAGCGUGGAACCUCACUAUAACGUAGAUACUCUUGAGCUGAUCACGAGGGAGAUACAACAAAAUUUAAAGGUUACUAACGAUGACAUCCACAGCUAG